AUGUCAUCCUCCAACAACAACAACAACCAUCACCACCACCACCACCACAAGGACCCAAAUGCCAAGACGAUAGUCAUCAAGCUGGGCACCUCGUCGAUCCUCUCAGAGACGACGCAGCACCCCAAGCUCUCGAUCCUCUCCUCGCUCGUCGAGACCUGCCAUGCGCUGCGCGUCAAGGGACACCGCGUCGUCAUCGUAUGCUCCGGCGCCAUUGGAAUGGGCAGGCUGCGCAUGAAGGUCAACGAGCGGCCCAAGAGCCUCGGCGAGCGCCAGGCCCUCGCUGCCCUCGGCCAGCUCCGCCUGAUUGCGCUAUGGGACAGUCUGUUUGGCAAUGUCGGCAUCGACGUCGCGCAGGUCCUCCUCACUAGGAACGAUAUCGCCGACCGACCGAGAUACCAAAACGCACGAACGACGCUGCACACGCUGCUAUCGUCGUUCAACGCCAUCCCCAUUGUCAACGAGAACGACACCGUCAGCGUGUCGGAGCUGCGCUUCGGCGACAACGACACGCUCUCGGCCAUCACGGCCGGCCUCGUCGACGCCGACUACCUCUUCCUUUGCACCGACGUCGACGGCCUCUAUACGGGCAACCCGCGGUCCGACCCAAAUGCACGCAGACUCGGCGUCGUCAAGGACGUCCUGAGUGCCAGAAAGGCUGUCUCGGUCGCGACGCCCGGCUCGAGCUUCGGGACGGGGGGCAUGCAGACGAAGCUCAUCGCCGCCGAGCUGGCGACGGCCGCGGGGGUAUCGACCGUGAUCCUCAACGGCUCGCACCCGUCCAACAUCCUCGACAUCAUCGAGACGGACCUGGCGUCGCAGGCGAGCGUCCCGGCGUCGCUGGCGUCGUCGACGUCGUCGCUGCUGCCGCCCGAAGAGGCCGAGCAGGUGGGCUACCCGCCGCUCGACGCGCCGCCCCACACCCUCUUCCUGCCCAAGGCCAACCCGCUGCCCUCGCGCAAGUGGAGCAUCCUCCAUGCCCUCCAUCCCGCCGGCUCCCUCAUCAUCGACGAGGGCGCGUUCCGACGCAUCGCCAAGGCCGAUUCGGGCGGAAGGCUGCUGCCCGCUGGCGUCGUUGGCGUCGAGGGAAACUGGGAGAGGAUGCAGGCCGUCCGCCUCGUUGUCCGACAGGCCGUCGAGGCCGAGACCCGCCCCGAUGUGACGACGGAUGCUGCGGGGUCAGCGACCACGACGACGACGAUGACGAUGACAGGAGAGGGUGCGAAGCAGCCCACCUGGAAACUUGUCGAGGUCGGGCGGGCACUGGCCAACUACACGUCGAUAGAGAGCGAGAGGAUCAAGGGCAUCAAGAGCUCGCAGAUCACGUCGGUGCUGGGCUACGCCGACAGCGACUACGUGACCGAACAGGUGGCGCUACAUACCUUUGCCCUCGAAUAG